AUGUCACAGAGCGCAUUAUUGCUAAAAAAGCAACUAAGAGACUUGAACAAGCACCCAGUAGAAGGGUUCUCUGCAGGUUUAGUUGAUGAAUCCAAUAUUUAUGAAUGGCAAAUUGUCAUUGUAGGUCCACCAGAUACCCUCUACGAAGGAGGUUACUUUAAUGCUGUCCUCUCAUUCACACCCGAUUAUCCAAACAAACCACCAAAAAUGAAAUUCAUCACUGAAAUGUGGCAUCCAAAUGUAUAUAAGAAUGGUGACGUUUGUAUUUCAAUUCUUCAUGAACCUGGAGAUGAUGUUUAUGGUUAUGAAAAGGCAAGUGAAAGAUGGUUACCAGUUCACACUGUCGAAUCUAUUUUGGUUUCUGUAAUAUCCAUGUUGUCUUCUCCAAAUGAUGAAUCUCCCGCAAAUAUUGAUGCUGCCACCGAAUGGAGAAAUCAAAAAGAUGUUUUCAAAAAGAAGGUUGCCAGAGUUGUUAGAAAGAGUCAAGAUAAUAUGUAA